AAUUAAAUUAAAUAAAAUGUCAGUUCAAUUUCGUAGAAAAUAUGGCCUGUCUGUUUCUUGGUUUCUCUCCUUAAUACCCACUAUUACCGCUUUGUAUCUGCUGUCCGAAAUCAGAAUACAUUGCAUAUUUAUUCAUAGAAUCCCCAAAUUCAUACAAAAGGGUUCUUUCUGGGUUUGUUUACUUUCUUGAUUUUCAGCUCAAAAGGCUUUUGUAAUGGUGGGAAUACUAGCUUCGUUUGGCUGCUCUUGCCGUAUCGGAGAAUCCCUAUACCAUGGAAAAAUCGGAGACGAUCUUAGUUUUUCAAGCAUUAAUAAUCAUUCAAAAUUCGACAAAGAUUAUUCGAGAAAUAACCGGGUCAAAUCUAGAAAACUCCGUAAAUUUCGAGUGGGAAUGCAGCAGACGGGUAUAAACGGUCGAGCAGUUAAGAUGGUCCCGUCACCAGAUAAUGUAAAUGGAUCUUCCAAGAAUGGCAAUGUUGUAAUUAAUGGAGGAAGAAGUUUGGUUAAGAGGGAUCUUGCUAAAGAGCUUCCACCGAUUGAAGGGGUGAAAGUUUUGCCUUCGGACGAAGGUUUCAGUUGGGCGAACGAAAAUUACAAUUCAAUUCAAAGAAGUAUAGAUGUGUGGUCAUUUGUUCUUACACUCCGUGUUCGUAUUUUAUUGGACGAGGCGAAAUGGAGUUAUGCUAGCGGCUUCUCCGAAGAUAAGCAGGGAGAGAGAAGACGAAAAACUGCAUCUUGGUUAAGGGAAUCUGUUUUGCAACUGGGCCCCACUUUUAUUAAACUUGGUCAGUUAUCUUCGACGAGGUCCGAUUUAUUUCCUAAAGAAUUUGUCGAUGAGCUUGCUAAAUUGCAGGAUAGAGUACCCGCAUUUUCGCCGAGCAAAUCGAAGAGCUUUAUCGAGAAGGAAUUAGGUGCUCCUAUAAAUAUAUUGUUCAAGGAGUUCGAAGACCUACCAAUUGCAGCUGCUAGUCUUGGUCAGGUACAUCGGGCUAUAUUGCAUAAUGGAGAGAAAGUGGUGGUGAAAGUGCAAAGACCGGGAUUAAAGAAACUUUUUGACAUUGAUCUAAAAAAUUUGAAGCUGAUUGCUGAAUACUUCCAACGGAGUGAAACUCUCGGCGGUCCCACAAGGGAUUGGAUCGGAAUUUACGAAGAAUGUGCCAAGAUCUUGUACGAGGAAAUUGAUUAUGUGAAUGAAGGAAAGAAUGCUGAUAGAUUUCGUCGGGAUUUCCGGAAUGUAAAGUGGGUUCGAGUACCUAUGGUCUUCUGGGAUUAUACAGCAACGAAAGUGUUGACUUUGGAGUACGUUCCCGGAAUUAAAAUAAACCAGUUGGAUAUGAUCGAAGCACGAGGCUACAGCCGAUCAAAUAUUUCGGCACGUGCUAUUGAAGCCUACUUAAUUCAGAUAUUAAAAACGGGUUUCUUCCAUGCGGAUCCUCAUCCAGGAAAUCUUGCAAUCGACGUCGACGAAUCGCUUAUAUAUUACGACUUUGGUAUGAUGGGAGAUAUUAAGAGCUUUACGAGGCAGAGGUUAUUAGACGUUUUUUACGCCGUUUAUGAGAAGGAUGCCAAAAAGGUUAUGCAAGGUCUCAUCGAUCUUGGAGCGCUUCAGCCAACCGGGGAUUUGUCAGCGGUGAGGAGAUCAGUACAGUUUUUCUUGGAUAAUUUGCUGAAUCAAAGACCUGAUCAGCAGCAAACUUUGUCGGCAAUUGGUGAGGAUUUAUUUGCAAUAGCAACUGAUCAGCCAUUUCGUUUCCCUUCCACUUUUACGUUUGUGCUGAGGGCAUUUUCGACACUUGAAGGCAUUGGCUAUACACUGGAUCCAGAUUUUUCCUUCCCAAAAAUUGCUGCACCAUAUGCUCAGGAACUCUUAGACUUGAAGCAACAGCGGAGUGGGACCCAACUCGUUCAAGAAAUAAGGAAACAAGCCAACGAUGCGAGAUCGUCGACAAUCUCGAUGCCGUCACGAAUCCAGAAGAUAGAAGAUAUUGUGAAACAGCUCGAAAAUGGAGAUCUUAAGCUCCGUGUUCGAGUUCUUGAGUCAGAGAGAGCAGCAAGAAAGGCGACCAUACUACAGAUGGCAACAAUAUAUACAGUUUUCGGUGGGACCCUCUUAAAUAUCGGGAUGACCUUUAGCAACCAAGGCAGUGAAGUUAUUGCAAACGGUGCUUUUGUAGCUGCAGGUGUUUUUCUCACGCUGUUUGUCAGAUCCAUGCAAAGGGUGCAAAAGCUUGAUAAAUUUGAGACAAUGAUAUGAUAUUUCUAGUGUUUUUUCAUCUUGUCCCAUUUAUUGUAUAAGUGUGUAAUAAUAUAUCUUACAUAUGUAAUAAUAGUUAGAUUCAUAGGUAUGCAUGAAAGGGUGAAAAAAAUAUUCUUUCUGAAAAGAAGAACAAAGAAAGAUAGUAACAAUAGUAAUACAUAAAUGUAAAGAUGAUUUAGUUCUGU